UCUGAGGUAGCAACGCAGUUUCCCAUUCAAGUUUAAGGAAUAUAGAUCAUUUUUUGUUAAAGAGCCAAAAUGAAAUUAUUAUUUUUAAUCUGUAUCAUCUCAGUAAUUUGUCUUCAAGUUAUAGGAAAAAGUGUUGUUUCUACAAUUAAUAAUGGAACAUCACACAUCAAGAAAAACAUCAGCAAUGAUUCAGAAAUGACUCCAGAAGAAUGUCCAAAAUACAUGGACCUUUUCCCAGUGGAUAAUGAUCCAUCCAACAACUUCAUUUGCGACUGCAAUCACCCAGCAUAUUUAUAUUAUUUUGAAGAUGAUUCUUGUUACCAGGCAUAUGAACAAGGACCUUGUCCAUCAGAAUACUACUUGAUACUUUCUCCAGGAGAAGAUUUAGCAAAAUGCGAAAAAAAUCCAUGUCUUGAAAACGGUCUCGUUCCUUUCCAAGACACAUGUGCUGGUCUCUAUAAAGUGGGACCACCUUGCAUUCACUCAUUCAUUUUAACAGUCGAUCCAGAUAAUUUUCAGCUCAGAUGUACGUUUAAAAGUUUGAAUAUAAUAAAAGCUCCGGAAAUCAAAUGUUUGCCUGGCAGUCGUCGAAAUGCCUUGGGUGCCUGCAAAAAAGAAUUCAAUUAAGUUUGAUUGAGAAAAAAGUGUGGAUAAUCAAAUAAUAAUUAGUUAUUACAUUGAAAAAUAUUACUGGAAAUAAAUAACUGAUAACAAUAAGACGAUAGAUUAAGGCAAAAUGGCCACUAUAAAUAAUUGGGCAAUGGGCAAGUACGCGUCAGGAAUAUUAUUUUUCUCCAAAAAUAUCCUUUAGACUGAACUUAUUGCAUGAAUUCUAUUGUUCCUAUUCCUGUGUCUCUUGACUUUCCUACUACGAGAAAAAAAAUGGUUUUCGGAAAAGGGUAGCUAGUCUAAGGUCUUACGCCAAUUCCACCCUCCUUAAAAAUCUGAAUAGAAUCUCUAUAUACUCGAAACUCUAUUCGGACCUGUCCGGGAAAAUUCCGGGUUUUGUGACCGGGUUGUAUCCGGCACUUGUAUGGAGCACCAGGAAAUGUUUAUCAGGGUCUUAUCCAGUUCUAGUCGGGAUGUAGCCUAUAUGGAGCUUAUAUCCAUACUUUUUUACAUAUAUAUGUAUAUAUAUUUUAUUUAUCAAAGUGCUUGUUUAUUCCAUUUAU